UUCGCCCGGGGCACCGAGGUCAGGUCAGGAAAGGUCAAGACAGCCUCCCUCAAGCAGGUCAAGAUUGGAGGGGUCACUGAGAUAAAGGACACGGAAAUUGGACAUCCUAGGGACACCAAACAGCGUCCUAUCCACUACGUCCCGCAUGUCCCAAUUGGCCAGGACACAGCAGGGACAGGUGGACCAGGGUAUGUGUCCCAUGUCCCAACCACACACACCAAGAUGUCCAUUUCACACACCCAGACGUCCGUUGAUGUUCACUAUGUCCCACACGCCCCCGGGGAUGUCCUACGGGAUGUCCCAGGGAGGCACACCAGUAGGACAUCAGGAUAUGGGACACAGGAAGGAUAAGGAAGGCAAGGAGGGUAAAAUAGGAUAUGUCCCACAUGUCCCAGUGUCCCAGGAUAUUGUGCAGUGUCCUAAUGAGUCAAAGGACAUCUCUCAAAGGACACAGGAGGCAGUUAAGGACAUUUCUAAGCCUCAAGUGAAGGAUACAACUAAGGACACUAAAGUACAAUAUGUCCCACAUGUCCCAGUGUCCCAAGAACCUGUACCAUGUCCCAGUGCAGAAAGGGACAUCACUCUAAGGACACAGGAGGCAGUUAAGGACAUUUCUAAACCCCAGGUGAAGGAUAUAAGUAAGGACACCAAAGUACAGUAUGUCCCAGUGUCCCAGGAAUCUGUACCAUGUCCCAGUGAAGAAAAGGACAUGAAGGAAUUACCAAAGCAGCCUCCUGUGGACAUCCCCAAGGACAUGACUGGAGCUAAGCCUAAGAAAAGUAAGGACAUGAAGAUUAAUUAUGUCCCACAUGUCCCAGUGUCCCAAGAAGCUGCUAAGGACACAAAGGACGCCAAACCACAGCCCAAGGACAUUUCUAAGGACACCCCACAGAAAGGACACAAGGAUACAGGCAAGGACACUCAGGUCCAGUACGUCCCACAUGUCCCAGUGUCCCAAGAAUCUGCUAAGGACACAAAGGACACCAAGCCACAGCCCAAGGACAUUUCUAAGGACACCCCACAGAAAGGACACAAGGAUACAGGCAAGGACACUCAGGUCCAGUAUGUCCCACAUGUCCCAGUGUCCCAAGAAGCUGCUAAGGACACAAAGGACGCCAAACCACAGCCCAAGGACAUUUCUAAGGACACCCCACAGAAAGGACACAAGGAUACAGGCAAGGACACUCAGGUCCAGUAUGUCCCACAUGUCCCAGUGUCCCAAGAAGCUGCUAAAGACACAAAGGACGCCAAAUCACAGCCCAAGGACAUUUCUAAGGACACCCCACAGAAAGGGCACAAGGAUACCAGGAAGGACACUCAGGUCCAGUAUGUCCCACAUGUCCCAGUGUCCCAAGAAGCUGCUAAGGACACAAAGGACGCCAAAUCACAGCCCAAGGACAUUUCUAAGGACACCCCACAGAAAGGACACAAGGAUACAGGAAGGACACUCAGGUCCAGUAUGUCCCACAUGUCCCAGUGUCCCAAGAAGCUGCUAAGGACACAAAGGACACCAAACCACAGCCCAAGGACAUUUCUAAGGACACCCCACAGAAAGGACACAAGGAUAAAGGCAAGGACACUCAGGUCCAGUAUGUCCCACAUGUCCCAGUGUCCCAAGAAGCUGCUAAGGACACAAAGGACACCAAACCACAGCCCAAGGACAUUUCUAAGGACAUCCCACAGAAAGGACACAAGGAUACUGGAAAGGACACUCAGGUCCAGUAUGUCCCACAUGUCCCAGUGUCCCAAGAAGCUGCUAAGGACACAAAGGACAACAAAUCACAGCCCAAGGACAUUUCUAAGGACACCCCACAGAAAGGACACAAGGAUACAGGUAAGGACACUCAGGUUCAGUAUGUUCCACAUGUCCCAGUGUCCCAAAAGCUACUGAGGACAUCAAGGGUGCUAAGGACACCGAACCACAACCCAAGGACACUUCUAAGGACACCUCACAGAAAGAACACAAGGAUAUCGGGAAGGACACUCAGGUCCAGUAUGUCCCACAUGUCCCAGUGACCCCAAAGCCUCUAGUGAUCCGUAGGACAUCAAAGGACAAGGUGGAGAGGAAGGACAUCGCCAAGGAUACCAGAGAGGCUGAGGACUUUCCUAAGGACAUCUCAAAGGAAGGUAGGACACCCCAAUUACACUAUGUCCCACAUGUCCCAAUUCAAACAUGGGACGAGGCACAUCCUUCACCCAGUAGGGACAUAAGGGGGGUGAAGGAUAUCAGGAAGGAUACCAGUAGGACAUCUGAAGGAUCUCCAGAUGUCUCAAAGAAGGAUCCCAAGCCAUAUGUCCCAACGGUGUCCCCUUUUAUCAUGAAACCCCCUCCUACACCUAAGGACAGCUCCAAGGACACCCCGAAGGACACCACUGAGGCUAAGGAUACUAGGAUACAUGUCCAAACAAUAGCAAGUCAGUCAAGUACAGAAAAGGACAUCGCUGAGGAUUCAAAGGACAUUUAUA